AUGGCCUCAUCUCCAUUCUCUCCUCUUCUCCUCCUUCCCCUCGUCAUCUUGGCCACUGUUGCCAUUGGAAGCAGCAGUGAUGAACCCAAAGAGAAGAUGACCCACCUCCACUUCUACUUUUACGACUACUACGGUGGCCCGAACGCGACCACCAUCACCGUCGUCAGCCCUCCCGGCAACUCCUCCUUCGGGAGCAUCGGAGUGGGCGACAACAUUCUCAGGGAAGGGCCCGAGUCGAGCUCCAAGCUCAUCGGGAGGGCGCAGGAGCUCGCGGUGCAGGCGGGCCAGGAGAGCACGGCCUAUCUCUCGGCGUUAAACUUCGUUUUCACCGCCGGAGAGUUCAACGGGAGCGGCUUCUCCAUCUUAGGCAGGGCGGUGCUGACGGAGACGAUGGAGCGGGGCAUCGUCGGGGGUACCGGCAUGUUCCGAAUGGCGCGGGGCUACACCCUGAGCAAGCUCAUCAGGUCAACUGGAACGACCGAACUCGAGCUUGUGAUGGAGUACGAUGCUUACAUCUAUCACUACUGA